GUUAGGCUAUAGGCUUUAAAUAGGCCUAUAGGCUGAACAUGACAGGUUGUCAAUUAGGCCUAUGCAUUGUUUUAUAUACAGGCCUACGUCUAAAAACAUUGACCUUCUGAAUUAACAUAAUCCUAACUAUCAGCAGUUUAAUAAUGAAUUGACGUUAACUGUUUUAAUGGCUGUUAAUUGAUUUGUAACUGUUUUAAUGACUGUUGCUUAAUGUUUAACUGUUUUGCGUUUGAGGUUUCCCAAGGCCGCUUUGAUCCUCCAUUCAAUAGUGCUGACGGCCUGUUAGUGUUUUUCCUUUGUAUUGGGGCUAUCUAUUUAGGAUAAGAUUCUGCCCGGCUGUCAAUAACUUCAGGGCCCACAGCGUAAAAUAACAGUUUAUUCGGAUACUAGGCUAUUUUUAAACAUAACAAAAAACACAGUCAGUAAAAUAACAUCAAACAAACAUUAGAAGAUAGAAUCGCCCUAAAUAUUUGUUUUAUUCCAAUAUUUUGAAUUUACCGCCCGAUUUCCCAUCAUCUCCAUUCUCCACGUCUCUUGAAUGACGCUGACGCAAGCAGCCAGUCUGAAUGGCGAUUGUAACAGACUCGCAGGGCAGUGCGAACGGAGCGCAGCCCGACCUUAUAUCGCCUUGAAAAACAUAGCUAUAUCAAAUGAAACGGACGAGAACAGUUACGCCCAUGUAAAAUGGAGGAUAGCUUUGAUUGCGACUGUGGUGAGCUUGAGCCACCCGAUUGUUGAGGGCCAGACUACUCUGUGAAGACUAAAAGGCAAGACACCAUUUUGGAUGAGCGGUAGUUUCAACAGGAAGAAGAUUAAGUAAAUACAAAAAAAACAAAAAAAAAUAGAAUUUAAAAUUGUAGUGCUUUUUGGCGCAAUUAGAAUCAAUGCAGCUACACAGAGUGAGUCUAUCACUGAAUAUAUCUGUACUGUGAGGAUGCAACGAGAUGCUGCUGUAGGUUUUGAAUUGGCCUCUUGCGUUCAUUCCAUUAUCACUGGCUGUUAAACACUAAACGCCUAAAAACGGUUUAAUAACCGGAGAAGCGCCAACAAAAAAAAAACGAUUUUGAAAAAGUUAUUCAUAUUAGGCCUGGAAAAACUUGCACCAUUUGUCAAACAAACAUGACUUUCUACUUUGGUUGUGAGUCAGAGAGCCGUGUGAUUCUGUGAGGGUUAGACAGGGGGAAACAGUAGUCUUCUGUAAGGGUUGUAUCACCCACAUUUAUAUUUUCACAAUAUUACACACCAGUUAAGACCUUCUUUAGCUUAUUACCAGUCAGUUUGUCCAUUUUGUAUUGAACAACCCCAAAGUCAAUAGAAACUUAGUCAAAACAUCAAAUCCAAGAUGGCGGAGAAGUUUGAGUCUCUGAUGAACAUCCAUGGGUUUGACCUGGGCCCACGUUACAUGGACCUGAAGCCUCUGGGCUACGGCGGGAACGGCCUGGUGUUCUCAGCCGUUGACACGGACUGCGACAAACGCGUGGCGGUGAAGAAGAUCAUCCUGACGGAUCCUCAGAGCGUCAAACACGCCCUGAGAGAGAUCAAGAUCAUCAGAAGGCUGGACCACGACAACACUGUCAAGGUAUUUGAGACGCUAGGGCCCAGCGGUCGUCACCUAACAGAGGACAUGGUCUCUCUGACAGAGGUGAACUCUGUGUACAUCGUCCAGGAGUACAUGGAGACAGACCUGUGUCAGCUCCUGGAGAGGGGUCUUCUCUCUGAGGACCACGCCAGACUCUUCAUGUACCAGCUGCUGCGAGGCCUCAAGUACAUCCACUCUGCCAACGUACUGCACAGAGACCUGAAGCCUGCCAACUUGUUCGUCAACACAGAGGACCUGGUGCUGAAGAUAGGAGACUUUGGGCUGGCCCGGAUCAUGGAUCCUCACUACUCACACAAGGGUCAUCUUUCUGAGGGUUUGGUGUCUAAAUGGUACCGGUCUCCUCGCCUGCUGCUCUCCCCUAACAACUACACCAAGGCCAUUGACAUGUGGGCUGCCGGAUGCAUCUUCGCCGAGAUGCUCACCGGGAAAACGCUCUUCGCAGGAGCCCAUGAGCUGGAGCAGAUGCAGCUGAUCCUGGAGUCCAUCCCUGUGCUGAGAGAAGAGGACAGGCAGGAGUUACACAGUGUUAUCCCUGUCUUCAUACACGGUGACAUGUCCCAGCCACACAACCCACUGGCCAAGCUGCUGCCCGACGUCAGCCCACAGGCCCUGGAUUUCCUGCAAAAGAUCCUGACCUUUAACCCCAUGGACCGUCUGACAGCAGAAGAAGCCCUAGCCCACCCCUACAUGUCUGACUACUCCUUCCCCCUGGACGAACCCGUCUCCCUGCACCCCUUCCACAUAGAGGAUGAGGUGGAUGAUAUCUUACUGAUGGACCAGGGUCACAGCCACACCUGGGACAGGUACCGUGACAGCCAGCUUUCUGAAGGGGACUGGCACCUCCACACCCACAGCACUCUGGACACUGACGAGGUACAGGUGGACCCUCGGGCUCUGUCUGACCAAACUGACGAGGAGGAGGUCCAGGUGGACCCUCGUAAGUAUGCAGACGGAGACCGGGAGUUCCUGGACGAUCCUUCCUACGGCUACUCCUCCCUCUUCACUCCCGAACGCUCGUGGCCCGACCCCGAUGACGAACACUUGGACCUUCACCACGAGAACAAGUACUGUGACCUGGAGUGUUCCCACACCUGUAACUACAAGGUGGCGUCUCCAUCCUACCUGGAUAAUCUGAUCUGGAGAGACAGCGAGGUCAACCACUACUACGAGCCCAAACUCAUUAUAGAUCUGUCCAACUGGAAGGAGCAGCAGAGUAGAGAGAAACAGGCCCAGGCUGCAGGCAGAGACAAGGAGCACAAGGCCCAGAAGAGCAAGUGUGAGAAGAACGGCCUGGUGAAGGCUCAGAUGGUUCUACAGGUAGAGAAGGGCCCCGUGGAGAAGGACUCCCAGCAAGAGAAGAACCAGACCCAAACUACUCAACAGAAUCAAGGCUUUGACUUUGACUCCUUCAUCGCCGGCACCAUCAAACUGAGCCUGCGAACUGAGCCCAGCGACGUUGGACUCCUGGGGGACGUGGGCCUCCUGAGCGAGGUGGAAGUGGGCCUCCUGAGCGAGGUGGGCCUCCUGAGCGAGGUGGGCCUCCUGAGCGAGGUGGGCCUCCUGAACGAGGUGGGCCUCCUGAACGAGCUCAACUCGUCUGUGUCCCAGCUGGAGGCUCCGCGGUCAGGCUCCAUGUCCAAAACCAUUAGCCAGGAGAAGGAGGAGAAGUGUCUGGUCAACUUUGCUCAGGUCAGCAUCACCGUGGGGACCGCUGGGUCUGGGGUGCGUCCCGCACACCCCUGGGAGAGCUUCGGAGGGGGGGAGAGGGUGGAGGAGCGGAGAGGUGGGUGUCUGAUGGACGGGGCGGGGCGCUGGGACGUUGGGAAAGAGGAGCAGCUCCAGAAGGACAGCUCCUACACCAGCUACCUGGACAGACUGUUCAGCAGGAAGGACGAGGGCAGCGGGGAGAGUGCUGCUAGCGCCGACACCCCAGAACCCGAGCCCUCGGAUGUGGGAGGGGAGAGGGAACGGGACGAGGGGGGCUUCCUGGCGCGGAGUGGAGAAAUCAUGUUUAACAUGCAGCUGGACUCUCUGGCGCUGCCGGGGUUCGAUGCUACGACCGACGCGCCGCUCAAAUCCAUCCAGGCCUCCCUCGCCCCCUCCACGGUCAAAUCCAUCCAGGCCUCCCUCGCUCCCUCCACGGUCAAAUCCAUCCAGGCCUCCCUCGCUCCCUCCACGGUCAAAUCCAUCCAGGCCUCCCUCGCUCCCUCCACGGUCAAGUGCUCUCCUCAGAUCGCCCACACAACCUACAGCAGCUUCUUCAAGCAUCUCAAUUAGAAACAUAAACGAUACCAUGCUCCUCACAGUGCAAGAUCUCUAGGCUGGUUCUGUUCUGUUGUCCUUGUAUUUUAUUUCAUUAUGAUAGUAAUGUUAUUUUACUUGAAUCAUUUCAUACCUUAUCGUAUGGCUCCUUUUUAAAAUAUACACUUUUAUUUUGUAUUUUUUUUUUUUUAGUUGUAGGAGUUAAAGGUAAAAUAGACUGGGUUGAAAGUUGCUAACAGAUCAAACAUCAGAGUUAUUACCUCUGGGUUCACUGGGCCUACCUGAGUUGAUCUCCCCAAUUAUCCCUCAGCAUCCACCAACUGGCAGCAUUUACACUGCACCCUGAGUACUGUAGACUAAAGGAGAGGAGGACUGGGGAAGAGAGGUGGAGAAUUGGAUAGGAGAUAAUCGAGGGAGAUGAGAAGUGGUGCUAUGCUAGCUGAACUGUUCAUCCUGCAGCCUUCCCCUGAGCUCAUCACUGAUCUGACACCUGGCUGAAUAAGUGAAAGGAAAGUUUGCACCCUAUUACUUCAACCAAUCUGACCGUCUCAGAUCAGUGAUGUGGUCAACGCAGGAAGAGAUGUAUAGAAAUCACAGCUUUGUAUCUGGGCCAUUCUGGUGUCUGUGACAGCAUGGCCAGGGCCAUUCUGGUGUCUGUGACAGCAUGGCCAGGGCCAUUCUGGUGUCUGUGACAGCAUGGCCAGGGCCAUUCUGGUGUCUGUGACAGCAUGCCCAGGGCCAUUCUGGUGUCUGUGACAGCAUGCCCAGGGCCAUUCUGGUGUCUGUGACAGCAUGCCCAGGGCCAUUCUGGUGUCUGUGACAGCAUGGCCAGGGCCAUUGAGGCUAUCUCCAUUUUAAAGUAGUAUAUUUUCUUCUUCUUUUGAUGUUUGAAGAGUGUAACGCUAAUAUUGGUGACUUACCACCACCUGCAGUCUUCGAGUCUUGAACCAAAUCGUGUUAUUAAUUUAUUGUGGCCACUAGAUGGCGGUCAUAUUCCUUAAUGCCAUUUACAAACUAGGCAAACCAAUUUGAAGAAGACAAUGCUCAGCUCAUCAGCUGAUCGCUCCCAACCCAUAGGAAUCCCCACCCAGUUCAAUACUUUAAAAUGGUGGAAGCCCUCAAUGGAAAUGUCCAUGCAAAGACAGGUUAUUUCCAAGUAAUGAUCUCUAUAUCUCCAUGGGAAGGAUACAUAUCUUAACAGGGCCAAUGUGAGAAGAUGGAGGGCAUUGUGUACUAAAGGAGAGAGGUGUAUUGUGGGAGACGUAGUCAUACUGACAUCACCAUCGCUGUAGGUCUUUUCACUAGGGAGGGGGGAGACAGGCUUUUCAUCAAAAUAAAAGUUUUAUUUGAAAAUGUACUUUAAUUAUUUUUACCAAGUGUUUAAUUUAUUUCUGUAUAAUUUCCCAAAAGAGGCUUCCUGAAACCCCCUCAUUUCAUACUGUAAUUCUUUUGACACAUGAUGCCAGCAGCGAACCAUUACACCUGGACCUUUUGUAAAUGUGUUAUCUACCUCAAGGUAACAGCAGCGAGAGACAUUCGAAGCCACACUAGUGCUUUACACACACACACCACACACACACUACCAUCCUCAUACACACACACCACACACACACUACCAUCCUCAUACACACACACCACACACACACUACCAUCCUCAUACACACACACCACACACACACUACCAUCCUCAUACACACACACCACACACACACUACCAUCCUCAUACACACACACCACACACACACUACCAUCCUCAUACACACACACCACACACACGCACACACACACACACACACACACACACACUACUAUCCUCAUACACACACACACACACACACACACUACUAUCCUCAUACACACACACACACACACACACACUACUAUCCUCAUACACACACACACACACACACUACUAUCCUCAUACACACACACACACACACACUACUAUCCUCAUACACACACACACACACACACUACUAUCCUCAUACACACACACACACACACACACUACUAUCCUCAUACACACACACACACACACACACACACACACACACACACACUACCAUCCUCAUACACCACACACAUUGCAUUGACAUAGUGACCUUCUCUUCUGUUUUGACAGUCGUGUUUCCAUUAUUUAUUUCUAUCAGAUAUUUAUUUGAACGGGACAACGUGUUAUUUCAUUGUAACUGUUCUGGACACCGAGGCGUUUUGACCAGAGGGACGGGGGAGGGAGAUGGAAGGACAUCCCAUUUUUCACUGUGUCACUGUGGUGACUCAUUAGUUAUGGUAGGAUGCAAGUUAAUAAUGAAUUCAUCUGUUUAAGUUAUAGAAGCUUUCCAUUUUCAAUCAUUUGUCAUUAUUUUUAUUUAUAGGUGCAUUCUGUUUUUUUGGGGGGGAGGGUGUUUAGGGGUGGACUGCUUCAUGAGAAGCGCCUAAGUCUUAAUUUUUUUUAAAUGUAAAUUGUUAAAAUCGUGUGCAUGGAAGAAACAGGAGGUACAUUAAAAAGAAGUUAAUGGUGUACAUCAUUACAUUUAAUUGUGUUUUUAUUACAUAUUUAAGUUUCCAAGCAUGAUGCGAUUAAGUUCUGAAGGUGUAGCAUGUACAACAUGAGGACAUUAGUUUUUGCCUUAAAGCUGCCUCUCCAUUUUGUAAUAAUCGGUUCCCCUGUUCUAUGAAAUAUCUCAUUUAAUAAACAUGACCAGCAAACAA